AGUUCAACCCCGGAUUCAUGAAAACACAGCGACGCACUUUUGAUCCGAUCUACCUUUGACCCGAAUCACUGUUGCUGUUUUCAACCAGAAACUGUGGACUCGGGCUGCAGAGGUGGACUGGAGUCUCAGCUGUUAACGGCAGGGGGCGCUCCAAUGUCGACCUUCCACGAAGAAGAGUGUGCCGUACGAUGGCGGAGCAGGCUGUUACCGAGACCAUUAUGACACGAAGAUGCCUGUAGAAGCUGAAUAACCUCGCAUUAGUUCGGUGUGUGAGGAUGGCUCACCGUUUCAUGCGCUUGUGCACGGACUUCCGGCGACUGCUGCGACCUCGGCUGGUGGAGCAUGGGAUCUGGUCCAGGCCGAAUGUCAGUGGGCCGGGUCUGCUGCAUCAGCUGUUGGGAAACUGCAGGGCGUUGAGCUCCAGACCACCCAAAGGUUUUGAGAAGUACUUUCCUGACGCAAAGAAGUCGGGACAGUCGGACGCAGCCGCUCAAGAGGAGAAGGUGGAACCUAGCAGAGAGCCAGAUCCUUCUGAUGGUGGACCAGCAGGAGGAGGAUCAGGAGGCGGGGGGAGAGGUGGCCGCAAGGACGAGUCUCACUGGUACCACCGUCUGCAGAAGGGUGACGUUCCGUGGGAUGACAAGGACUUUCGGAUGUUUCUGCUGAGUGCCGCUGCUUUUUGGACAACUGUCUCUUACUUCCUGUUCUUCAGAGACGGUGGACGAGAGGUCACAUGGAAGGACUUUGUCAGCAACUUUCUGUCAAAAGGACUGGUGGAAAGGUUAGAGGUUGUGAACAAGCGUUAUGUCAGAGUGAUCUUCUCUCCGGGUCAAACUCAAGUGGACGGGUAUGUGUGGUUCAACAUCGGGAGUGUCGACACUUUUGAGAGGAAUCUGGAGUCUGUUCAGAAUGAGCUGGGCAUUGAAGGAGAAAACCGACUUCCUGUGGUGUACACCAGCGAGACUGAUGGGACCUUCUUUCUGAGCAUGCUCCCCACAGUGCUGAUUAUUGGCUUCCUGCUCUUCUUGCUGCGGCGAGGUCAGGCGGGAACAGGACGACCCGGGCGUGGGAUGGGUGGACUCUUCAGUGUGAGCGAGACCACUGCCAAAGUUCUGAAGGACCAGAUUGAUGUGAAGUUCAAAGAUGUGGCUGGCUGUGAGGAAGCCAAGUUGGAGAUUAUGGAGUUUGUCAACUUCCUGAAGAACCCCAAGCAGUACCUGGACUUGGGGGCCAAGAUCCCCAAGGGCGCCAUCCUGACUGGACCUCCAGGAACCGGAAAGACCCUUCUAGCAAAAGCGACAGCGGGCGAGGCCAAUGUCCCAUUUAUCACCGUUAAUGGCUCUGAAUUCUUGGAGAUGUUUGUAGGCGUUGGCCCGGCUCGAGUGAGAGAUCUCUUUGUCCUGGCGAGAAAGAGCGCCCCCUGCAUCUUGUUCAUCGAUGAGAUUGAUGCCGUUGGGCGCAAAAGAGGCCGCGGUAACUUUGGAGGUCAAAGUGAGCAGGAGAACACGCUGAACCAGCUUCUGGUGGAGAUGGAUGGGUUCAACACCGCAACCAAUGUAGUGGUUCUGGCUGGAACCAACCGACCUGACAUCCUGGACCCAGCUCUGUUGAGACCCGGCCGCUUCGACCGACAGAUUUAUAUCGGUCCCCCAGACAUCAAAGGAAGAGCGUCUAUUUUCAAGGUCCAUCUGCGGCCAUUGAAGCUGGACGUCCAAACGGACAAGGAGGCUCUCGCUAAGAAAAUGGCGGCGCUCACGCCAGGUUUCUCAGGUGCUGACAUCGCCAACGUUUGUAAUGAAGCGGCACUGAUCGCGGCCAGACAUCUGUCAGAUGCCAUUGAGCAGAAACACUUUGAACAAGCCAUUGAGCGUGUGAUUGGAGGUCUGGAGAAGAAGACGCAGGUGUUGCAGCCGGAAGAGAAAAAGACAGUGGCGUUCCAUGAAGCAGGGCACGCUGUUGCCGGCUGGUUCCUGGAGCAUGCUGACCCACUGUUGAAGGUGUCCAUCAUUCCACGAGGACGAGGCCUGGGAUACGCCCAGUACCUUCCCCGGGAGCAGUAUCUCUACACCCGCGAGCAGCUCCUGGACCGCAUGUGCAUGACUCUGGGGGGCCGGGUGUCAGAGGAGAUCUUCUUCAACAGGGUGACCACGGGGGCGCAGGAUGACCUACGGAAGGUCACACAGAGCGCUUAUGCUCAGGUUGUCCAGUUUGGGAUGAACCCCAAAGUAGGUCAGGUGUCUUUUGACAUCCCCCGUCAGGGAGAGAUGGUUCUGGAGAAACCAUACAGCGAAGCCACGGCCCGGCUCAUCGACACAGAGGUCCGAACCCUCAUCAGUGAGGCGUACCAAAGAACCCUGCAGCUGCUGACCCAGAAGAAAAGUGAAGUAGAGAAGGUGGCGCUACGGCUGCUGGACAAAGAGGUUCUGGACAAAAUGGACAUGGUAGAGCUGCUUGGCAAGAGGCCAUUCGCUGAAAAGUCCACAUACGAGGAAAUGGUGGACGGUACCGGCGGUGAGGAUGAAGACACCAGGCUGCCUGAAGGCCUUAAAGACUGGAACCAGGACCGGCGGGACAAAGAGGAGAGUCCGGAUGAGCAGGUCGCCCGCCAGAUCUCUGGAGGGAUGCCAUUCUAAAACCAGGAAUUCUCUGGCCCUGAUGACCUGGCUUGCACCCCUCCACAGCCUUCUUUCUCUGGAUCGACAAAAAGAAGGGAACUGAACUGAGGAGUUCUGUACUCCUUCAUGACAAAAAUGUAAACAAGUUUGCGUCAUCUGUCUCUGUGGCAACAUGCAUGUUAAUGCUAACCAUCUUGGAGCAUAGGGACUGACCUGAUCAGGGUGCAAGUGGGGUGAGCAGGUACCCUAAUCAGAGCAAUAAGCCUCCCACUCUUGUGGGUCUGAACUGGUAGUCUGAGUGCAAUGAACAUGGAACAUUUUCCUUUUCACCUAGUUUCCUUUUCUCUUGGUCACAGUUUUUUUUUUCACUUCAAAAACUAAAAGAAUUGGGGGUUUUUUUCUCCAUGCAAUAGAAUUACAAAAAAGUGACACACCUAAGUCUCCCAGAGUUGUCAAAAGACCCAGAGUCAAUCUGUGCUGCAGAAAGAAGGGAUGAAUGUCCUUAUACCUUCACUAGCCCAUUUAUUGGUACUGAUUACUAAUAAUGGGCCUGUAAAAUGAAUUGCUUUCCUUUCAACCAGCAUUUUGUCAUUUAUAAAUCUGGAGAUGAACAAUAAAGUGAC